ACUGAGUCCCAGAGUGAAGUACUAAGGUCUGAACAAAAGGUCCUGAGUCAAAGCUGACCUAGGAUGAACAUCCCAACUGAAUGUUGCUACUCCAAUUGUGGGACAGGUGACAGAACAGGGAAAACUCUCCUGAAUUUUCUCAAGCUGCUGAUAUGAAACGUAUGGACUGGUCUGAUUGAGAGCAUAAGCAACUUGUUUUUGACAUCAGCCCUGAGCUACUGCACAGCAGGAGAGGAAAAGCCAGCAAGACAGAAGUGCAAAGAACCAUGGUGAGACUCGUGCACCCUCCUAGAGUCCAUCUCUGUGUUUGCAAGUGACAGCAGCUUUACAACACCAAGAGAUGUGUCCCCCACCCAGUUUGUGUCACAGAGAAAGUGGUUCUGACACACAAACUGCAAUUGCUGCAGGAUUCAAUGUUGGAGUGGCUGGAUACCAGGUGCCCACCAAGCCACUUGUGUCACUUUCCCCCCUUAGGGGUGUCCCUACCCAUGGCAAAGUGCUUGGAACUAGCUGGUCUUUAAGGUCCCUUCCAACCCAACCCACUCUGUGAUUCUGUGAUUUGUCCAGGUUGUGUGAUUUGUGAUUUGUCCAUGGAGAGGGCUCACAAGCUAACAAUAACCUGAACAUGCACUUUCCCCAAAGCCCAGGAAACCUGGUGUCUCCUCCCUGCUAGCUGAUGGAGACACAGUUGGUAUCUUGAUUACACCCAUAGGCAUGUGGUGACAUCCCUGAUUUUGUUCCCAAGAGCUGAAUAGCUCUUGGGCUUCCCUACCUUCCUGCUGACUUUGGGCCCUGUUAUGCCAGCAUCAGAGCAGCCAGUAAGGACUCCACAGGGCUGUAAUCUUUCCACAUGUCUCAAAGUUCUGAUGAGGGCAGACUGGGUGGUUUCUGCUUCUUGUCUGAAUUCCCUCACUCCUUCCUGCAUUUUCUUUUCUCAAGGACCAACGUCUUGAUGGAUCCCUUCUUCUCCCUCCUCCCCUAAUAACUGGUGACAUAGACCCAUUGACUUCCAUGUCCACUGGGUUUUUUCCACAACUGGGGCAACAGCAGUUCUUGUUUGGGCCCCUAUCACCUCAGAUGGAGUUUGUCCCCAGUCUCAAUCAGGUUACUCUCAGAGGUGGCUGGGGUCCCUGAGUUAACCACAGCCCUCUGACAGCCCUGAACUGGGCUUUGCAGGCACAUGCCAAGCCCCAGUACAGUGCCAGGAGCUGCUGGUUUUCACUGGGCUAGGCACCUUCUGUCAGUUGGCACGUCACUUUGCCAGGGUUACUUGCCUGUUCAGGUGUAGUCCCAGGCUAUGGGAGGUGAUAACUAGCCCAGGCAUUUGCCCAAAUCCUUCCACACACUCUGCCACCCACGGACCAGCUGCCUCAGGGCACAUUUCAGUAUUGACUCACCCAAAAAUUGUCUUAUACCAGGAUGACACCAGAUUACACAGACCCCAUGAUAUGCCAACCAUGUUAAUUAGUAGCAUUAAAUAUCUCACAUAAGGCUGAGCAGGAACAAUAAAGCCACCCACACCAGGUGGGAGUGGGAAAUGGAUCCUCUCCACAAGGCAGCUCCCCCAGCAGAGCAAGGCCAUCAGUGCCAGGGCAAAGCACAGAGCCAUGGUUUGUACUAACAUGUUCCCAAAGCCCAGCAAAGUAAAGAGAUAAGAAAUGCAACCAGCAAACACUGUGGCCCAACAGGAGCUGCCUACUUAGUAACUACUAUGGCUAAAGCACACUUAGCACAGCACAGCCAUUGCCUCAGCCCCCACCCUGGGCACCAAACUGUGGUGGGCUGACCCUGCCUGGACACCAGGUACCCACCAAGCUGCUCUCUCACUCCCCUCCUCACUGGGAGGAAGGCAGGGAGAAAGGAAGAUGGGAAUGGAAUUUGUGGGCCAAGAUAAAGGCAGUUUAAUAAAGCAAAAGCAAGGCUGCAUGUGGGAGCAAAGGAAAACUAAAUAUUUAUUGUCUACUUUUGACCAGCAGGAGAUGUCCGGCCACUUCCUGGGAAGCACAACUUCAGUACACAGAGCAGCUGCUCCAGAGGACAGAUGUUUUAGUAAGGAAUGCCCCCCAUCUCCCUUCUCUUAGUUAUUACUGCUGAGGAGAUGCCCUAGGGUCUGAAUAGCCCAAGACCUUGCUCCCACCCCAGUCUGCUGGUGAGGUGGGAAUGUUAGAGACAGCCCUGACACUGUGGGAACAUUGUUCAAGAACAGCCAAAACACUGGUGUUUUAUCAACAGCUUCCUAGCUACCAAUACAAAACACAGCUCUACAAGGGCUGCUAGGGGUGAAAUUACUUUCUUCUCAGUCAGACCAAAUACAACUGUUUAUUUAAAAAAAUUAACAGAAACUUUUAACAAAAUCACACCGAACAGUGAGGAUCUGAAAAGCCAGGCAGCCAGCACUGGGGGCAUCACAAAGAGAAAUGCUCUGCAGGCCCUGACCAACCAAAGGGAUAGAUGUGCAGACAAGCACCUCCAAGUGGAUGGUAAGACCGUGUCCACUUCUCUCAUUCAAACAGUGAUACUGUUUAUUGAGCAGGUGAGGUUGUAAAUUAGAAACCUGAAUCUCUUCUGCAUCCUCACUGGUGCCCAAGCACCUGGAGGGCUCCAAUGGUGAUAAUGUUUUUUAAAAAGUUCAAUUUGAAAGCAACCACAGCUGCAGUUGCAGCUUGGAGGCAGCCACCUGCUUAAGUGCAACAUGAAGAGUAUGUCAUAGCAUAAGGUGUGUGUGACAUGCUGCAUUUCUUCUUGCCCAAAAUCCUACAGAGCUGUCCAUUUUUCCCCUUUGUUGCCCUGUAUCAGCACAGAACAUCCUCUCUAGCUCAGGAAGAAGGGAGAAUGAACACAUGUAUAUCCACAGUCUAAGGAGAGUCACCUUUUGCUGGAACUUGGAUCACUCCAUACCCCAUCCCAAAUGUGAGAACAGGGCUAGCUCUGGAAGGACAGAGCCCUCUACGAGCUAGGAGCCACGAGGCAAUUAAUAGAUUGCAGGCUGGUGAUUUGCCUUCUGCAUCUGGAUGAUCUUGCCAAAGCCACCUCUUCCCACAUCGUAGUCUGUCCGGUAUUCAUCUCGCACCUGGGGCACAGCAACAACACACACAUUAACAGCCAGCACUGCCAGCCCCCUGCCAGACCUCAGAAUCAUCAUCCCCUCCUUGUUCAGUUGGUGGGGAACUGAAGUUCACAUUAGAAACACUUCAACUCGUCUGAGAUCUCUUCGACUAAUCCACCAAAAAGGUGGUAAUGGUGGUGAAAAUGACCAAAAAGGACAUAUUUGAUUGUUGAGAUUUUUUUCAGGUAAGAAGCAAAGACUCCAAAAUAUUUUUGUUCAGCUUUUCAGUAUGCUCUUCUGAACUGCCAGGCUUGGCCUUCAAAACACUUUAUCUCAUCUAAACCUCAUCUUUGCCCUUGGGGAAACUGCUGUGUUAUGAGAUUGGCCUGGCAGCCACACUGCUUCUCUCUACUCAAAUUCUGGAUCAUUUCAAGUGUACUAGCUUGGAUUAGAGAACAUUCUGCUUGCAUUGCAGGAAGUUUGGAGUCCUAAACAAAAGUGGCCUUAAGUUCUAUUUCCAGCCUUUAUCACCAGGUGUCAAUUACCAAAAUAGCCUGGGAGUGAGUGACCCUGGUUAUCAGGUCUUUACAGUCUGCACAUUGUUCUCCCUGAGACAAAACCAGCAACUAAGUACAGAGUCUUACAGGACCGAAUUCAGGGAUGAACUGGCAUUGCUUUUACCUGUCCUCCAGUCUUUCCUCUCCCAUACUGCCUCCCCUCCUUAAACCCUGCGUCCCAGUCCGUGCGGAUGAUGCGGUCGUCCAGCCGGGUGCCGUUGAUGAACCUCAUGGCGUGCUCAGCAUCUGCUCUUGUGUAAUACCUGAGGCACUCUGUAAGGACAACUCAGGGUGCUUUUUGUUGGGCACAGGGAAAAAAAUGAGGGAAGUAUUGUAUUUGAGAAGCUGAACUCCCCCCACUGCCUCCCAGCCUCUUCUGCUCUUCUCUAUGGGAUCAAAAACUGCACUCAUGUAAAUCCAAGCUAAGACCAGCUCAGCAAGGAUUCUGUACUUUAAUGUGAGUACCUGCACAGACAAGACCAAGACAAUGGAACACAGACAUUAAAGCCUUGCUAAGGGCAAGAAAUCAGCCUUUUUGUACUAUGUAAAACUUGACUGAAAUAGAACAAAAGGAGAGCUUUGCACAGACAGCUCCUGGCACAACCUGUAUAAGCGUGUACCCUCUGCUUGAAAAUGCCCCCAUGGCUUAUCUUGCUACUUCCUUCAGGUGUGCAGUUGAGAUGAGAAAGCAAACAUGUGCUCUGGACACGGAAGAUGUCAGGCUGAUGACUAACAGUUCUCAUUUUGGCCCUAAAAGCAUUAAAGAAAUUAAUGAAUUAAAAGGGGUUCUCUUCCACCUCCAGAAACUACAGCUCUGGUGGCACUUGUCACAUACGGCACCACUAUACAGUCAGUGUCGGGGUGCAGAGAGGAAGGUGCAAGGAGGGACAGGAUGUGCCUGGUAGGAAGCACCUGGCUAUCACCUUUCCAGCAGCAGCACUGAUACACUUCCUGUGCAGAGGAACUACAGGUGCCAAGCACACCCGUACUGACAGCAGGGAACCAGAAAGGAUACUCUACAAAGCAGAAGCCACAGGGGGUUUUCUUGAUCUUGUCCAGACCCAUGACAAUCCUCUUGACAUCCCCGCACUUGGAGAAGAGCUCCUGGAUCUGCUCCUCGGUGGUGUAGAAGGACAGGUUGCCGACAUAGAGCGUGGAGGAAAUCUUCAGCGAUUUCUCCUGCAGCUGCCUGCUACCCUGCGGGCACAGAGGCGCAGGCCGCGGGCUCAGCGCGCUCGCCGUGCCGCUCCCGCCGCCCCGUGCCCUCCCGCUGCCCGGUUCCUCGCACGGCCUUGUCCCGGCCUCAGCCCUCCCCGCCCCGGCCGGGCCCCGCCACCCGCCGCGCCGGGCGCACCCGGAAGUGCUGGUCGCGGUACUGGCUGAUCUCGCAGUACGAGUCGCUGUUGAGCCCGCUGAGCGUGGUGUGCAGCAGCCCCGACAUCGCGCCCGCCCGGGCCCCGCCGCCGGGAUCCUUCCACAACCGCCGCGCACCGGACGCGGCGAGCGGCGCGCGACGGACGCCGCUCCGUCGCCCCGCGCGAUUGGCCACAUUGGCUGUCACUCGGGGCGGAAGGCGGGACGAAACAGCCAGACAGCCAAUCGGCGGCGCGAGGGCCCGCCGGCAGCGCUGGGUCGGGGCGCGCAGGCGCAGUGCGCGGGCGCUGCUCCCGUGGCUCCGCGCCCCUGACGGAGCUCUCCUGAGGGGCCAUGGCGGGGCCGCGGGCGGCGGCCGUGGAAGCGCUCGUGCGGGAGCUGCUGAGGGAAGAGGCGCCGUCCCGUAUCGCCGCCCUCACGGAGGAGCUGUUCCAGGCGGCGGAGAGCAUCUCUGAAGAGGACGGGAAGGUGGCGGAGGGAGAGCCCCCCGCUCCCAGCCCGUCUGACGAAACGGGGGGUGCAUGUGCUUCACACCCCACAGCCCUGGCCCAGGUUGAAGAGAGUGCAGUCAGCUUGUGGAACUGGACAGUGACCAAACACACGGGUGCUGUUAUCAGUGAUGAGCAAAGAGCCAAAUUGCGGUUUGUUGCCUGCAGACUGAUUUGCCUUUGUGAGGGCAGCGAUCCUCCGGAGGGAACUAUUCGAAGACAGAUUUUGAUGUCUAUGAAAACUGGGAAAGGAUGGAUAGAUACUGGAAAAGCUGCUCUUGCAGAUGGAUUUCUAGAGAAUGCCAUGAAUAGUAUAGAAAAGCUGUAUGCCAAGUUACGGAAGGGGAGCGAGGGUGAAGCAGAUAUUCAAGGGCACAGAGCUGAUGUGGAGAAGAGCCUUUUCAAAGUACUCUCUUACCAAGCUGAAUCAGCUGUUGCUCAAGGGGAUUUUCAGAAAGCGGUGAUGUGUGUGCAGCGCUGCAAAGAUAUGUUGAUGAAAUUGCCAAAAGAAACCUGUUACCUGUCAAUCCUCUGUUACAAUUUUGGAGUGGAAACCUAUGAAUGGAAGAGGUAUGAACAGAGCUCCUUCUGGCUCAGCCAGAGUUAUGACAUUGGGAAGAUGGACAUGAAAUAUUCUGUUGGCAAAGAAAUGCAGGCUAAAGUGCUGCGACUGUUAGCCACGACCUAUUUUGAGUGGGAUUGCAGCCUGUACCUGGACAAGGCAUUGAAAGCCAUAAACUUGGCAAAUCAGGAGAAUUUGCACCCAGCAGGGUUUUUUUUGAAAGUUAAAAUUCUUCUUAAAAGUGGAGCAUCAGAUGAAGAUAUCAAGUCAGCUCUUGCAGAAUUCACACACUUUGACAUGUCUUUAGACUUCUGUUUGAAUACUGCCAAACUGCUGCUGGAGCAUGGAAGGGAAUCAGUUGGUUUUGAUUUUCUGAAAUCUGUUCCUGAACGAUUUGAAUCUUCACCUGACCUUGGAAAAAUUACCCUGCUCCACAUCGAGUUCCUGCUGCAGAAUAAGAGGGAGCUGCUCGCUAAGCAAAAGAUUGAAGAAGUUAUUAUAGGUCAUUAUACUGGCAAACAGCUGUUGCCUGAAGCCUUGAAUCAGCUGCACAUCAUCUUGUGGGACAGAGCUGCCAAACAUUAUGAGGAGAAAAGCUAUUCUGAAGCCCUUCACUGGUACAAUUAUUCUGUCAGCUUCUAUACACCUGGGCAGAUAGAUCAGAACUUGGCUAAGCUGCAGAGGAACAUGGCUUCUUGCUAUCUUCAUCUGAAACAAAUUGACAAGGCUAAAGAGGCAGUUAAACAAGCAGAAAGGUGUGAUCCAAACAGCAUCUUUACUAAAUUCAGUGUCUAUAAGAUUGCAGUGUUGGAGAACGAUACUGAUAAAGCUAUGGAAGCAGUUAUUGAAAUGGGGAAACUAGCAGAAAAGCCAUCAGAACAUGAAGACAAGCUGAGAGUGGAUAAAAAUACAGGCAGCAACCUCUUGAGUUUAGCUGCCCAAAUUGCUUUAGAGAAUGACCAACAAAUUGUGGCUAUCAAAGCUUUGGAGUAUUUGUCUGAACAUUUACAAGACUGCCGACAAUUAUUUACAUCUUUAAAAUGUUUGGUCCGUCUGAUGCUAUCAAAAAUCAUGGCAGAAAAUUCAGAGAAAAGAGAUGAAGAUAUCAACUCCAUACUGACUUACUUGAACUUGGCUCACAAGAAACUUGCUGAGUCUUUCACAGAAGAGAAAUUUACAGGGGACAUGAGGAUCCUUGAAGCUCACUGGUUUAGAAAAGUUGCUUGGAACUUAGCUGUACAGUUCAAGGACAGCCCUGAAAAGAUGAGGGAUUUUUUUGUGCUGUCUUUCAAGUUGUCCCAGUUUUGUCCCUCUGACAAAGCUGUUCUGAUUGCUCAGAAGACAUGCCUGCUAAUGGCAGCUGCAGUUGAUCUGGAGAUGGGGAGACAGCAAGUAACACCUUCAGAACAGACGGAGCUUUUUAGUCAGGCCCUUCAACAUCUUCAGACAUGCAAGGAGAUAUGGAAGGUGCUGAAAUUAACAGGAGAUUUUGCUACAGACCCAACAGACACAUUGUUGCUGCUUUAUGAAUUUGAAGCAAGAUCCAAACUGAAUGAUCCAACACUUCACAAUCUUAUGGAGUCAGUUUGGGAGCAGCCACAAAUAGAGAUCAAGACACUUGAAAUCAUUGCAUCAUUAGCAAUGGAGCCUCCAGCUCGGUAUCCUGCACUGUGUAAGAAAGCUCUCAAGAGUGCACUAAACCUUCACAGAAAGCAGGCUGUCAUUGAUGCUGUGAAAUUUAGCAAAUGCUUACACAGUUUGAUUAACAUCUCUUUGCCAACUGGAUUGACAGACUUGGAUACCUGUGUGCUGCAGGAGGUGUGGGACUACUUUGAGGAUGCUCUGAGUGUAGUCAGCAGCACAGAUGCUUACCCAGAGAUGGAGAUCCUUUGGUUGAUGACAAGAGCCUGGAAUACAGGAAUAUUUCAGUACACUGUUGGUAAAUACAAGGAAGCUGAGCAGUGGUGUGGAUUGGGAAUGCGGUUCCUCAAUCACUUAGGCUCUCUGAAGAAAACCUAUGAAGGCCAUAUGGUUGGCCUUUAUAGUGAGGUUCUGGACAAGCUGGACAGAGCAAAAGGAUUUAUUCCAAAUGAAGAAUAAUGACAGCCACAACGACAAAAAAAGGAAAGCAGUCUCUCUUGGAAGUGUUCUGCUGAAUGAGAGGCUGUUAGCUCUGUGAAGGCACAGGGCCAUGGGAGCAGUGGGAAAGAAACCAGGAUCUCCUUCUUGUUGGCAAAGAAGUUAUGUACUUUUUAGGAAGUGUUUAUUCAAUAAAUGUAAUUGUUUUCCUCUUGGGAAUAAUUUUCAUUCUCUGGAGCUAUUUAACAGUUAGAAAUAAAUAUUUAAGUUUUACAUGA